AUGCCGGGAGCUCUCCCUGUUACUUUCCAGGAUUUGGCGACAGGCCCCACCGAAGGCGUUGAUACGACUUCAGCUUAUCACGGUGGUAUAUUGAACGACGAAAACCUGAUCAAGCAGCGGAAAUUUUCGGUAAAAGAGACCGUUGCGCCAGUGAAAACAAUAACGGAUUGCAAACUGAAUUCCGAAGCGGACAUUUACUUGGAAGAGUUGAAGCAAGCCGUUCACUUUUACUCCGGUACAGACCAUAGAGAGACUUACAAUAUUAACAAUAAUACAAAUAAAAAUGAAAUGGUUGCCAACGUAUCACCGGACAAUCUAAGGACCACGACACAACAUGGCUCGACAUCUAACAACAUCAAUUACAUCCAAGCCACAAAGGAAGCACUAUUGCUAUUUAUAAUUCAGUUUUUUGUGAAAUUUCUAGGUACAGGCUCGAUUAAGAAAUUACUUGAUCCUAUACUAGAAAAUUCCCACGAUGCUACCAUUCCCUUGGAAACACCAGAAGAAAGACUUGAAGAAAGUGAGCUAGAUGGCCAAUUUACUGGUGAUGAAGAGAAGCCUACAAAAAUAGGCACCCUACAUGUAUUGUGA